GGAGCGCAAACUCGUCGAUCCCUACUUCAAGAAGACGAACAUGAACGUGUUCCGGGGAGACAAGGCAAUGGCCACCCAUUGGGGGCUCAUGCAGACGGCGUGCAGCAAAUGGCACGGCAUACAGGAGGAGUGCGAGAAACGGCCGAUCAGCGGCCACGACUUGGAGCAAAAGCUGCGCCGAGCUUUGGACAUGUACACGGACGACACCGGCCUGCAGUUUAAGUUCCUCAACGUCUACGCCCGCCUCGAGAACUGCGAGAAGUGGAAGGAAGUCCGCACGACCCUCUCGAAGAGCAAGACCGAGCAGUACAACCCCGACGCUCCGGCGGCAAGCGCGGCGGAAGGUCGAAACUCCAAACUACGGGAGACUAACUGCAAUGGUGCGAAGCUGCUCGCGGCCAGCUUCUUGUACGUAGAAUUCGAAUUAACAUUGUGGUUGCCUCAUGGCCCCGACAACUGA